AUGUCUGCCAACCAAAUGAACACCCAAGUGGCAUCAUCCACAUACGUUCCAGUCGACGUAGCCCAACGACACGAAUAUGGCAUCCAGAAGAACCGUAAAACGGCUUCGACUGGUGGCGGCAGAGCUUGGAGCGAGGAUGAGGAAGUUUAUCUUCUUCAAACUCGUCUUCAAAAAAUGCCUUACAAGCAUAUCGCUUCUCAUUUGAAGAAGACUGAAUUGGCUUGCCGUCUCCACUAUCAUCAAUUGUCCCAUGGAAGCAACCGCCGCAAGCGUACCAAUUCUAUGGCUUCUUCUGGUAGCUCCAAUUCAGAAUCUUCGACUUUACCUCUCCGAAUGCCAUCUCCGAUUGACGAGGCUACCCAUCUCCGAGCCAUAUCACCUGUCUAUAACUACUCACCGCAAUCACCUCAACAUGUUCAACUCCCAUCUGCAUCUUCACUUUUAUCCCGCUCAGCUUCCAACAGCCCUUCCAGAACUCUCGGUCACCCAAUUGCUAUUCUCCCAAAGCCAACCGCUUCUCGACACUCAAUUAAUGAUUCCCCAUCGGAUCAAGCUCUCCGUCUCGAUUGCAUCAUGACUUCCACCCCAGUCACGGUUGCCAGCGUUGACAAAGAACGUCUUCGUCGUGUAUACGAAGCUCAUCGCAACUCUUUCUGGAACGUCAUAGCAUCCGAGUAUGGCGGAGGUGUAUCUCCUCUUUUACUCGAGGAGACCUGGAAGCAAGGUGUCGCAUCCAAUGGACCACCAACUCCAUGUGUCUCUCCAGACAUGCCAAAUCUCAACCGAGCAAGCUACCAUCAUUACAACAGCCAAGCCCCUCAACGAUUGCCAUCACCAAGCCAAGAGAUCAAGAACAACGCUACCAGUAUCUCGGCACUUCUCGGUAUUGAUGCUAGUCCCCGUAGCCCUAAGGAAAGAGAGAUGAUCAAAAGAUUGGAGGAGAGUAGGGAGAUGUGUUAA